AUGCGAUCGCCUACGCCCUGGCUCCGCCUCGGACCCUCGGCCGCUGCCGCCCUCCGCACCGCGCCGCAAGCCGCGCCGGCCCCUCACGCCGACGCCCACUUUGUGGUCACAGCACCCACACCUGUCGAGGCCCCGCGCCUUGCCGCACUCUCGCUUCCGGCCUGGCGCGCUGCGGGCGUCGAGCUGCCCGACGAUCCGGCGUCGUCACCCGACGUCGUCGACGUUCUCGCCGGCAACUCACUCCCGCCUGGCGCCAGCCCGGUCGCUCACGUCUAUGCCGGCCAUCAGUUUGGAUCAUUCUCUGGCCAACUUGGCGAUGGCGCUGCCAUGCUCCUCGGCACCAUUGCCGGUGACGAGAGGCCCCCGAUGGAACUGCAGCUCAAGGGCGCCGGCCUCACCCCGUGCUCACGGUCGGGAGACGGGCGCAAGGUUCUGCGGUCGUCGCUCCGCGAGAUGGUCGCGUCCGAGGCCAUGGCCGCCCUUUGCGUGCCCACCACUCGUUCGGGCUCGCUUGUUAUCUCUGACACGACUGUAGUCCGCGACAUCAACUACGACGGACGCCCCGCAGCCGAGCCAGCCGCGGUCAUCACCCGACUGGCGCCGUCGUUCUUCCGCUUUGGCUCGUUUGAGCUCUGCCUCCCGCCUGAUCCGCGCACCCUCCGCAGUGGGCCAUCGCAUCGCUCGCCGCACAUUCUCACCGAGCUCUUCGACUAUGUGGUCGAAACCCACUUUGCCGAGUUGGCGGUGCAUGAGACCUCCCGCGCCGCCCGAGUCGCCGCCUGGCUCGACCACGUCGCCGCAUCAACCGGUGCGCUCGUCGCCCACUGGCAGGCACUCGGCUUUUGCCACGGCGUCCUCAACACUGACAACAUGUCCAUCCACGGCAUUACCCUCGACUAUGGCCCGUUUGCCUUUAUGGGCGCCUACGAUCCCGAGUAUGCCUGCAACGCGUCGGAUCCCACCGGGCGCUACUCCUACGCCGCCCAGCCUGAGGUCUGCGCCUGGAACUGCAUCCGCCUCGCCAACGCCCUCGAUCCGCUGCUCCCCGCCGACAACGGCGAGGAUAUUGUAAGCAAUGCUUUCGAGUCCGCGUACAGCGAGACGCUCGCCUCGCUUGCCCGCCGCAAACUCGGCCUCGCGCCGACCGCGCCGCAGCAGGUCGCCCUGGAUGCCUUUGAGUCCCUUCGCGCCACCAUGGCAGCCACCGCCGCCGACUACACUGCCACUUUCCGCGCACUUGGUGCCACGUACCGUGCUCCCAACGAGCUAGCGGCGCACCUGGCGGAAACAACCUGUGCCUCCCGCGAGUUUCUUCUCGACCGCGACGCGCCGACCGUGCCGUCGCACCAGCUCGAUGCCCUCCUCGCCUUGCCCAACGUCCAGCUUCCGCCGGGGCUGCUCAACGCCGAGCUCCGCAAGCGUGAGCGGCGCAAACUCUACGCCGAAGCCUACGCCACUGACGACGACAAAGCCAAGAACGAUGAAAGGGUCUGGUACGACUUCCUUACCAACACGCUCGCGCCGCUGGUGGCGGAGCACGGGCUGGGCGAUCCGGCCGCCCGAAUGCUCGCCAUGAACGCUGCCAAUCCGUGGAUUGUCCCGCACAACUGGAUGCUUGAGGCCGCCAUCCGUGCUCUCGAGGAUAACUCGGACACAGCCCCGCUCGAAGCACUCCUCGGCCUCGACUACUUUGUCGAGAGCGACGAGCACCGCCAAGCGUGCGUCGCUAGCCUCGGCCUCGCCGACUCGGGCCGGCUGCGCCACCUCGACACAGUCCCGCCGCGGCUCUCAUGAUCCUCGUAGAUCGAUGUCUUUCUCGUCUUUUAAGCAUGCGGCUGAUGCCAGCUGAGCUUACGCCUUGCUUUGCCUGCUGCCCUGACGGCACGAGGGCCCAACCAUGCCGGCGCUGCCGGCGUGGCGCCUUUGCGCUCGAGCAACUCGACUUACUUUUGCAGGCACACAUGUGAGCUUGCGCGUAGAUUUUACUUGAACACGGAAAAGAGACAAGCCAAGCCAGACGCGAUCAGCGGCGUGCCUUUUCGUGCUUGACUGCGCUUAGGGCGGCGGCGAGGGCGGCCUCGGCCUUGGCCAGCUCGCCGUCGGAGAGG